AAGUUUUUUUAUUUAGUUUGUAAAAAUAAUGUUUGUAGAAGUUGCUGGUGGGGAUCGAGUUUGUUUACGUGAGCCUUCUUACUCGAAAAACGUCAUGUCUUCUAUGGCUCAAUUUCGUAAAGACGGCACCUUGUGUGAUGUAACAUUAAAUGUGGACGGAAAGAAAUUUUUUGUUCAUAAAAACGUUCUUGCGUCAUGUUCCGAGUACUUUAAGGUGAUGUUUGCAAGCUCGUUGAUUGAAGGAACUAAAAGUGAAAUAUGCAUAAAUACUGUAACAAGUGAGGUGUUUGAAGAACUGCUUGAUUAUUUUUAUGAGGGAACUUUAAAAAUGGAUAUGCAUUCGAUAGUUGAUUUACUUCAUGCGGCCAGUUUAUUUUUACUAAAUGACGUUAUAUCAGAAUGUUUUCGUCAUUUAAAUAGACAAAUGAAUGCAACUAAUUGUCUUCGCAUAAAAGGUAUUGCAGAGGCGUAUUCAAACAAGCAGCUUAUUUCAAAGUGUAAAGAAUUCACAAAAAAAAAUUUUGAACUUAUAAUUAAAGAAAGAGAAAUAUUAAAAACCAGUCUCCAAGAAUUAAAGUCUCUACUCCUUUCUGACGAUAUUGUGUGUCAAUCAGAAGAUAGCGUUGCCCUUAUUGUUGAAAAAUGGCUGAGAGAGCGAAUUCACGAACUUGAGGAGUCCCAAAUACGGAUAUUGUUCAAAACGAUUCGAUUUCCUUUUUUAUCAGAAAAUGGUCGAAUUAAGCUAAUGAAGUUUAUGGAAGAAUUAGACGUGAUGUAUCCAGACGCCGGCUACGCUUCAAUAUUGUCUUUCGAACAACGACAUCAAGCUCGACACUUUCGUCGUUGUUCGUUAACUUGUCGAGCUUCGCAGAGAGUAGAAACCGUCAUAUUUUGUGUCAAUAAAAGAGGAGAAACGUUCUGUUAUAAUAUUCUUAAUCAUAAAUUUUGUAGGCUUGAGCGUUUUCCAGAAUACCGCUUGCCAGGCUAUUUAAAUGUUAACAACAAUGUUCUUUACGUGACAGGUGGUUCUAAUGGCUUAACAACUGUUUUUUCCCGCGAUGUUUACUCUUAUGAUGUUACAGAAAUAAAAUGGAAUAAACUUAUGCCAAUGGUAAAUGCUCGUGACCAACACUGCGCAACAUUUUUCCAAGAUAAUCUUUAUGUUAUAGGUGGUAGGAACCUUCAAAAUUUUGUCGAAAAUCUUUCAAAAAAAGUCGAAUGCUACGACGUGGCUAAGAAUGUUUGGUCUACUGUCGCUGACACUCUACACGGUCGAGUUAAUUCGUGCGCAACCUCUUCUCAUAAAUAUAUGUACGUAAUAGGAGGGAAUCAAAAUGUUGACGGUAUAGACGCUUCGGAAACUGUUGAGAAAUACUGUAUACGUAAGCACUCUUGGGAGCUACUUCCUAACAUGUGCCAAAAAAGAAUAUCAUGCUCGUCUGUGUUUUACAACGAUAAACUAUAUGUAUUUGGAGGUAGUAACGGAUUUUUUGACUUGCCAAAUUUUGAGUUUUAUGAGGAAAAAAGUAAUAAAUGGACAUUAGUAAGUGUAGGUGUACCUGGUCCAAUUAAUGUGGCCUUAGCAAUGGACAACGAAAUUUUAACUAUGGGUGUUUCCGCGUGGAACGACGAUAGUGUUUAUAGAUAUUCGGCUGUAGCUAAACGAAAUUGUGAUGUUUGGACAGAAAUUAAAGAGUUCAUUCACCCAUCACAUCGAGUGAAACAUUUCAAGUACGCUGUAUUGCGCAUUUCAAAUUAUUAUUUUAAUAAAAAGUUAGAUGGGCUUUGCGAUUGUUGCGCGUACGAUCCAGAAAGCAGUUUUGAUGAAGAUGAACUGCUAACGUCAUCGAAUGAGGACUCUGAUGGUGAUGAAUGGGCAUUGCAUUGGGGUCUGUGGAUCUAAGAUAUUCUUUUUAAACUUCUUAACUUAGAUUAUUUAUAGAAAUCCUUCGAA